AUGGCCGACACCGCCGAGGAACCCUUAAUGGGCCACUCGCCGGAAGAUGCACCGGACGACGACGUGGACCUCAGCGAUGUAUCCCUGCUGUUAGAGAAGAACCUCCGGCACCCAGGUAUAUUCGUAUGGCUUCUCACAUUCUGCGCGGGGAUAAGUGGAUUGCUGUUUGGCUAUGAUACGGGCGUUAUAUCUGCCACCCUAGUCUCUAUCAAUAGCUCCCUCGGCCACCCAUUGACUACCCUCGAUAAAUCAUUGAUCACCUCCGCCACAGCCCUCUUCGCGCUACUUGUCUCGCCCGUUUCAGGCAUUCUCGCAGAUACUAUAGGGAGAAAACGCGUCAUGCUUCUCGCGGAUUCAGCGUUCGUUCUCGGAGCCGUGGUCCAAGCCGUAGCUACUUCGGUUCCUGGGAUGAUAGCUGGCCGUUCGAUAGUUGGCCUUGCGGUUGGAGCGGGGAGUUUUGUUGCGCCGCUCUAUAUUGCCGAGUUGGCCCCCGCCCCUUUCCGAGGCCGCUUAGUUACUCUGAAUGUCCUAUUCAUCACUGUAGGGCAGGUUGUUGCUUAUAUCGUCGGUUGGGCUUUUGUGGAGUGGGGUAAUGAGGCAACGGGCUGGAGGUGGAUUGUCGGGCUUGGUGCUAUGCCUGCUGCAUUGCAGUGUCUGCUUAUGCUUAUUAUGCCCGAGACACCCAGGUGGCUUGUGAUGGUUGGCCAGCCUGACGAGGCGAGGAGGGUGUUGAAUAAAGUUUUCGGAGCGGGUAUCGAGAUUCAGGGGAUGGUUGAUGUGGUGUUGAAAGGCAUUAAGAAGGAGGUUAAGGAAGAGGGGGAGGCGAAGCGUGGAAGGUUAAGAGCGCAAUCGAAGAAAGAGAAGCAGUCUUGGUUUACUGAUUCGAAAGAUAUUUGGGCAGAGUUGCUUCGAACUGGUGGGAAUAGGAGAGCGCUGACUAUUGCAUGCCUAUUACAGGGGCUCCAGCAGCUCUGUGGUUUUAACUCCUUGAUGUAUUUCUCCGCCACCAUCUUCACUAUUCUUGGGUUCUCCAGCCCGACUUUAACAUCCCUCUCGGUAGCAGCAACAAACUUCGCCCUGACCUGCGUCGCGCUAGUGCUCAUUGACCGGGUCGGCCGACGACGAAUCUUACUCUGGUCCGUCCCCAUAAUGGCUGUCGGCCUGUUAUUCUGUGCUAUUGGCUUCUAUUUCAUAUCCUUGCCCUCUGAUCUCAACUCCGAGAACCCUUCCUCUUCUACCUCAGCAUGGGAAAGGGUUCCGCUAUCUAAACGCACCGCACCACUCUUCGUCCUCGCUAGCGUGAUGAUCUAUGUUGGUGCCUAUGCACUUGGUCUUGGAAACGUACCUUGGAUGCAGAGUGAGCUCUUCCCGCUGAAUGUACGCUCUCUGGGAUCGGGCCUAAGCACAAGCACAAACUGGGGAGCAAACUUCAUUGUAGGAUUGACAUUCUUGCCUAUGAUGGAGUUUUUUACUCCAUCAUGGACAUUUGUUAUUUAUGCAGGCAUCUGCUUGACUGGAUGGUUGUGCAUUUGGCGGAUCUACCCUGAAACAAAGGGGUUGAGUUUGGAAGAUGUUAGUGCAUUACUAGCAAAUGGUUGGGGAGUGCGAGAGAGUUUGUCAAGGACGGAAUGA